AUGUCUUCCUCAGGGGCCCCCGGAAACCGCAAUGGUGGUUCUUCUACCCCAUUUUCACUUUCCUCGAGCUCCAAAGGCGCAGCCAAAAAGACAGCCUUCAACUUACAACCAAGUCGGCCUCGUUCCACCGACUCCCCAGCAGGAAAGAGCCGAUCCCUCCCUCGCCGACCACACCAACUUGGGCACGAUGACUCCUCAGACGAAGAUGAGCGCGCCCCUGCACAUGAGGAGGUGUCUGGGUUCGACACUCUUACAGGCGACGCAAUCACCGCGGACGGAGAAGCUGUCAAGAAACAGGGCCCGCUGGUGAUCCCCGUUACAAGCAAGAACAACUGGCGCGAUCGCACUGGUAUCAAUGCGAAGAAAGGAAAGAACUUGCUACCAGCCGAAGUCCAGGCUAUGCAAGAGGCCCAAAGGAAUGGACAAGCUCCUGGAAGUGCGGUUGAAACCGAAGGGCCCAGCAUGGCCUAUGGGCUUAGCUUUGCGCAGCGGGGUGAACACAAAGUGAAUGUUGAUGCGGAAGGAGAUCAGCCCAUGGAAGAUUUGAAACCGGUUCCACCUCCCCCGGCUGCGAGCAAACCUCUCACGGACGACGAGAUCGCUCUACAAGCUUUGAUUCGGGAAACAACUGGGGAGACAGAGCGGAGGACAGACCUGGUCAUCGAGACCUCGAAAUCUCGAGAAGAAGAGCAACAGAUGCCUUCUCGCUAUGACGAAACCAGCCACUUCCGAACGGACGUCGAUUCUCGUCCUGAGUCAGCGACAUUGGACCAAUACAACGCUAUCCCGGUUGAAGAAUUUGGUGCCGCUUUAUUACGAGGAAUGGGGUGGAAAGAUGGUCAAUCUAUUGGACGUGGCAACUAUGGUUCUUCUGCGCCGACGGACAAAGAAAAGAAGCCUCUUGUUCCAGCAAGACGCCCUGGAUUCCUGGGAAUCGGAGCCAAAGAUUCUGCAGGUGGUAAAGGUGCCGAAGCUGAGCUCGGAGCCUGGGGAAAAUCCGCUAUGCGUAAAGCCUCCAGAAAGCAAGGCGAAGAGAAUGGGAACGGCAAUGCCGAGGGUGUCUACAUGCCUAUCACAAUGCGCAACAAAAAGACCGGUGAAUAUAUGACCGAAGAAGAGCUUGCGGAGCUGAAGAAAAAGGCCGCUGCCCCACCAGACAAGGAUGACUGGCGUGAAAGACGGGAUCGCAAUCUAGAGAAGAGUGGACGAGACAAGGAUCGCGAGUACCGCAAGCGUGAUUAUGAUGACGACGAUCGCUCUGAUCGUCGGAGUGGAUCCUCUCGCCGUGAUCGAAGCCGUUCGAGUGGCCGCCAUUCUUCUAGACGCUCCCGAUAUGAUGAGGAUGACCGUAGGAAGGAUGAUCGGUCAUAUCGUGACCGCGACCGUGACCGUGACCGCGAACGUGACAGAGAUAGUCGACGAGACCGAUAUGAUGAUAAAGAUUCCCGCAGAGAUCGUGAAAGUGACCGAGAUCGGCGUCCUCGAGAUGACCGACACAGCAGCUCGCGGCAUUCCUCCAACUCAUCUCGACAUGACCGGGAUCGGGAUCGGGACCGCGACUCGCGCCGAAGCCGUCGGGAUGAUUAA